AAAAAAAAACAGUCUAGUAAAACGCUGAUAAUGUCUGAGCCGAAAAGCUCGAUUAACAUCGAAAUUGUUAUAUGUAGCAUACAGGUUAAACGGUGAAUUGGAUAACAACUCCGGAAACUAAUGCCAGAUAGCCAACUGGUCUUUGUUACACAAUGAAUUUAAGAGGACUUUUUCAGGACUUCAAUCCCAGCAAGUUCCUGAUCUACUCCUGUCUGCUGCUCUUCUCCGUCUUGUUGUCCUUGAGGCUGGAUGGCGUCAUCCAGUGGAGCUACUGGGCUGUGUUCACCCCGAUCUGGCUGUGGAAGCUGUUGGUCAUCAUUGGGGCCUCUGUGGGCACUGGGGUCUGGGCUCACAACCCUCAGUACAGGGCUGAAGGGGAGACGUGUGUGGAGUUUAAAGCAAUGCUGAUUGCAGUGGGGCUCCAUGUGUUGUUGCUGAUGUUUGAGGUGUUAGUGUGCGACCGUGUGGCAAGAGGGAACUACUUCUGGCUUCUUGUCUUCAUGCCCCUCUUCUUCGUGUCACCCGUUUCUGUAGCAGCCUGCGUUUGGGGGUUUAGACAUGACCGCUCCCUCGAGCUGGAGGUGUUGUGCUCAGUUAACAUUCUCCAGUUCAUCUUCAUCGCUCUGAAGCUAGACAGGAUCAUCAACUGGCCUUGGCUGGUGGUAUGUGUCCCACUGUGGAUCUUGAUGUCCUUCCUGUGCCUUGUUGUCCUCUACUACAUCAUCUGGUCCGUCCUCUUCCUCCGCUCCAUUGACAUCAUUGCUGAGCAGCGGCGGACUCACAUCACCAUGGCAAUCGGCUGGAUGACCAUUGUUGUACCACUUCUCACUUUUGAAAUCCUCCUGGUACAUAAGCUGGAUGGUCACAACAGUCUGAGCUAUGUAUGUGUGUUCGUCCCCCUCUGGCUCUCCCUGCUCACACUCAUGGCCACCACCUUUGGCCAGAAGGGAGGGAACCACUGGUGGUUUGGCAUCCGUAAGGACUUCUGCCACUUCCUGCUGGAGCUCCUCCCCUUCCUGCGAGAGUACGGCAAUGUGUCCUAUGAUCUCCAGCGCAGUGAGGACUCUGAGGCAGUUGAGGAUCUGCCCGCCCCUGAGCCACCACCAAAGAUUGCCCCCAUGUUCCACAAAAAGACAGGCGUGGUGAUCACACAGAGCCCUGGGAAGUAUUUCGUCCCACCGCCUAAGCUGUGCAUCGAUAUGCCUGACUAGCGUCCAUAGCUGCAGUGGCAGAAGCUGGUGUACUGACAUGUAAAAUGGAAACAGCAGAGGACACAAUGUUUGGUUUGUAUCCUCUGCCCUGAAGGACUUGGUCCCCUCACCUAAACGCUGCAUCAGCAUGGCUGGCUAGGGUGACACAUCAGAACCAGUGUGGUGAUGAAUAACUAAUGGAUCCAGAGUCUUCACAGUGGUUUCACUGGCUGGUUUGAAGUAAACACUGCACUGACCUAACUUUGUCAGGGAUGGCAUGGAGCCAGAAGACAGGACUGUUUGGUUUCUUGCCUAGAUGAAUAUUCCCCGUGUUGCUUACUCUGAGUUAUAUCCAUUCUGAAUAGACAUUUUUGGGGAAGCCGACUACAGACAUGUAUGAUUCAUUUUUGAUCUAAAUAUUUAGGCUGAUGAGACUGUUGAGAUGCAUAGAAGAGCUGACUCUACAGGGACUAUCCAUAUUUAAAUCUCUGCUUUAGGUUUUAUAGUGUCUUGAAUCAAAGAUGACGCCUGCCUCGUCUGCCUGCCUUGCUUUUGUGAUGGGGACCAUUCGAGAGAGACUCUAGUUUAAAUUUGCUCUCACUUUUGACCAUGUAGGUGACGAAAACAGGGAGGGGGGGGGCUAAGGAAAGGUCCACACUUUUCAGGUGUGUCUUAGUACACCACUCAUUGACAAAGUUAUUGAUCACUGUAGUAAUGAUCCUCUUCUAAAGCAACUACAAGGUAAGAGAUAAAGGACAAAAUCUAGUUUUUGUGCCAGGCACAUGCACAGGUUUGGGCGAAGCUAAUGUGAGGCUCCUGCAGUGGGUGUCUUCCAAAGUUAAAUCUUUUUAGAACAAAAUCUUUGUCUCAUCAUACGAAGCUGCAUGGAAAGAUGGUAACAACAAUCUCAGCCUGCUGAAGCCUCAGAUUCGCUCCAGGUCAACACUGGAAUGGAUAUUGGUGUAGAAUAAGGACAGGAUGUCUCUUAUAUUGGUGUUAAUGUAGGAAGUGAUCACUUACUGCAAGUGCCAGUGUGAACAGAGGAAACUAACUUUUAAUGUACAUGUUAUAUAAGACACACCUGGAGAAAAAAAAAUGGGAUCCUUAAAAAAUAACAGCAGAAAUGGCAUUUUGUUUAUCUGUUCCAAGAGGAGUCCUGUCUGACUUGUAUUCCUGUUUAUGUUUUUAAAUGAUAGAAGUUGACAGGCUAGGGACCAGAGUGGUGAUGGCAGGACUGAAGGUUGAACACAGACCUGGACGAUAGAGGGGGAUUUGCACUUGCUUCUAUAUUGCUUUAAAUUGGAGUACCAUCUGUGCAGAUGAAAAACAGUGGUAAACAGGUUGGUGACCACUGAGUAAGAUUCACACUAGACUUUCUGGGUAUCUUAGAUGUUGUACAACCUUUGUGCCAGUUGUAAUUUUACAGUGUGCAGCAAAUACUGCACCUCCUACACAGCACUCAAAAGUAUGUGUGUAAAAAUUUUGGUUUAGUUUUUAGGAAACAUUACUUUAUUCAGGAGUCAUGCUUUGUCCAGGUUAGUACAAAGACAUUUUCAAAUCUCACACCUAUUGGCUUUAACUUUAACUCUCACUGGGUAGAAUAACUCCUGGGAUUUCUGAUGUGUGUGUGUGUACACAGUGCCAGAUUUAUUCAAUUUAUAAAGUAACUUUAAAAAGCACAGGCUGUCAGACUCUUUAUUUGACAACCCGAUUGCUGGAGUGUUCCAGUAUUUUGUGUGUAUAUUUUAUUCUACCUCUUGUCUUUUUCCCCCAUCAAAAGAGGCCAGUACAGCUGCAGUGCACUGACUGAGCCCGGCU